UUCAGUCUGGCCUCGCUGAUGUCUUGGGGUGCUAACAGGCCCCCUGCUGGUUCUUCUAAGAAUGACUGGUUUCAAUUCACACUUACAGUACAUUCACUUUAGCUGCUAUAUCUGUAGGUCUAAAUUCGUUGUGCAAAGUCAGGGAAUGCAUGGCAAAAAGAGAAACAUCUCAAAAGUGAGUAUUGAUCAUCAUCAGUAGCAAGCUAAAUUCCCUUGGUUCUGUAUGACUGAGGAAAUAUACCCUGUCACUACAGUGGAUUCAGUAAAACUUACUGCAACUAGUAUUAGUUCAGCUUUGAAGAGCAGGUGAGGACAACGACAAAUAACAGUCUUUAUACUGUAGGUUCAUAUGGUUAGACAACUUAGCUCUAUGCUUUUUUUGAGUGACUUCACUGCAUGCUAUUCCUCCCAUCUCUCUAUACACCAUCACCUUCCUGUGGCCACGUUGGAUUACCACCACAAACACCUUCCCAGCUCCAGCAGAGUUCCCAAUCCUCCAGGCAUCUACCUCACUUCCCCUUCCUCCUGACCGCACCACAGCAGGAAGCUGUCAAUUAGCUCCUAAUUAGUGUCUGACAAACAGCAGUUUGACGUCAACCCCAUAUGAAAUUAACAACCCUCCUCUUCGAGUCCUUAGUGAACUCACCGGCUCACCCUCCUCAAUCCAGCUGGGUUUGUCACGAGCCGCACCACUACUGAUAUUGGGGGAGGGGGUAGGUUCAUGCGGAGACUGGGCUAAAAACACUUUUCCACGUAUUGGAAACAUCCAUUAGUAUGUAAAUUACUUAGGGCAGAGGAGUGUGUUGUCAUGAUUAUAUUACUAUAGUAAUAUGGUGUGUUUGUGUGUGUAAUCUCUGUCAGUCACACUUGUAUUGGAUAGCCAAUCACUGUUCUGUUGAGGUAGCUGCCUGUUUCCAUGGUGACGGUAUUGAGUGGUGGCUGGGGGCUAGUGGAGGAACCAAUCAAACUUCAACACUUUAUGUUUCGUCUCUAUGAUACUGAUGGGAAUGGGUCUCUGGAUAGUUCGGAACUGGAUCACAUCAUCUCUCAAAUGAUGCAUGUUGCUGAGUACUUGGAAUGGGAUGUGACAGAACUGAAGCCGAUUCUGCAGGAGAUGAUGCAGGAGAUUGACUAUGACCAUGACGGCACAGUGUCUCUGGAGGAGUGGAUCCAGGGAGGCAGCACGACCAUCCCCCUGCUGGUGCUACUGGGCCUAGAGACGAAUGUGAAAGACGAUGGGCAGCAUGUGUGGAGACUGAAGCACUUCAACAAGCCUGCCUACUGUAACCUGUGUCUGAACAUGCUUAUAGGCCUGGGCAAGCAAGGGCUGUGCUGCUCAUUCUGCAAGUACACUGUCCAUGAGCGCUGUGUGGCCCGUGCUCCUCUGUCGUGCAUCAAAACCUACGUCAAGAGCAAGAAAAACAUAGAGGUGAUGCACCAUUUCUGGGUGGAGGGAAACUGCCCGACCAAGUGUGACAAGUGUCACAAAACCAUUAAGUGUUACCAGGGUCUGACUGGGCUUCACUGUGUGUGGUGCCAAAUCACGCUUCAUAAUAAGUGUGCCUCCCAUGUGAAACCUGAGUGUGACUGUGGACCACUGAAGGACCAUGUCCUGCCCCCCAACACAAUCUGUCCUGUUAUACUGGAAAGACAGUCUAUGGUGAGGAAAGAUUCCAGAUCCAGCCAAUCAGGGGGCAGAGGGAAGAUGCAGAGAGCCAACUCAGUCACAGUGGAUGGCCAAGGACUACAAAUCACAACAAUAGAGGGAACUCAUCCUCUGCUCGUGUUUGUGAAUCCAAAGAGUGGAGGGAAGCAGGGCGACAGGAUCUACAGAAAAUUCCAGUACCUCUUAAACCCUCGGCAGGUAUACAACCUGGCCAAGAACGGACCCAUGCCUGGGUUGAAUUUCUUCCGAGAGGUCCCAGAUUUCAGAGUGUUAGCUUGUGGUGGGGAUGGGACCGUCGGUUGGAUUCUGGAUUUCAUAGAUAAGGCCAAUCUGGACAGGAACCCCCCUGUGUGUGUACUUCCCCUUGGAACAGGAAAUGACCUGGCAAGGUGUCUGCGAUGGGGAGGAGGUUAUGAGGGAGAGAGCAUUCUGAACAUCCUGAGGGACAUAGAGAACAGCUCCGAGGUGAUGUUGGACCGCUGGAAGAUUGACGUCACACCCACGGACAAGGAAGAGAGGGGAGACCCUGUGCCUUACAGCAUCGUCAACAACUAUUUCUCCAUUGGGGUGGAUGCUUCCAUUGCACAUCGGUUCCACAUGAUGAGGGAGAGACACCCUGAACGCUUUAACAGCAGAACAAAGAAUAAGCUGUGGUAUUUUGAGUUUGGCACUUCUGAGACCUUCUCGGCCACAUGCAAGAAGCUCCACGACUUUCUGGAGGUUGAGUGCGAUGGCAUCACUCUAGACCUAGACAGCAUCUCUUUGGAAGGCAUCGCCAUUUUAAACAUUCCCAGCAUGCAUGGCGGCUCCAACCUGUGGGGUGAGAGCAGGAAAAGGCGGAGCAACCGCCGGGGAGGGAAGAAGACCCAGGAUAAGAGGACAACAGUGCUGGACCCCAAAGAGCUUCAAUUUGCUGUCCAAGACCCGUCAGACCAGCUGUUGGAGGUGGUGGGUCUGGAGGGAGCCAUGGAGAUGGGACAGAUCCACAUCGGCCUGAGGAGCGCAGGAAGACGCCUGGCCCAGUGCUCCUCGGUCACCAUCAGGACCACCAAAGCCCUCCCCAUGCAGAUUGAUGGAGAGCCCUGGAUGCAGACUCCCUGUACUAUUGAAAUAGUGCAUAAGAACCAGGCCCCGAUGUUGAUGGGUCCCCCACAAGGCAACAGCUUCUUCUCCUCUGUGAUCCGACGAACAUGCAGCGAGAGCAAAGACUGAGAGAGAGAGAGAGACUUAGCCUUCGUCCUCUUCUCCAGAGAAUCAAGCCGUCUUACCCACGGAGGUCGCUAGGUGUGAUGCCAGGAUGCUAAUUUGUUAGCCUAGCUCCAUGUGGGUCGCUAGGUUAUGAUGCUAGGAUUCCAAUUUGUUAGCCUAGCUCUAUUCAAUAGCAUACUGUAGCUGUGCAUGCUACUUCUGCCAUAGAAAUGUCAGUGCCCCCCUUACUUAUUUAGAGUGAGGAACUACAAGGACAGAAGCUUUGGUUCAUGAUGCGGUGCCACUCCACAAUGCCAACACAGUGGUAUUGUCAUUACAUUUACAUUUAAGUCGUUUAGCAGACACUCUUAUCCAGAGCGACUUACAAAUUGGUGCAUUCACCUUAUGACAUCCAGUAGAACAGUCACUUUACAAUAGUGCAUCUAAAUCUUAAAGGGGGGGGGGGGUCCCUCUGGAACAGUUGUUUACCUUUCCAGAUUUCAACUUUAUACUGUUACGAUGGCAUGUUUUUUUUCUAAAUGUCAUUUCUAUAGUGGUCUUGUGCAACGUGCCAUGUGGAUCAAGUCCUUUGAAGGAAGUGACACAUUUCUGUCAAUCAUUGAAAAUCAUUUGUAUGAUAAGGUAUUGAUUUUAUGCGGCGUCAAUGUUUUGAAUGUGUUUGCGUUUGAACACCCCCAAUGCAUGAUGGACAUUGGAUCACUGUUUAUGAGGUGAACAUAUCUUUCAGGGUGCAUAAGGACAGUGAUGACAUUGAGUUAACAUAUACUUUAAGCAUUUGGUCUAAGUUAACGUUUCAGGUUAUUUGCUUCGCAUUUCUUCGGGCACUGACUAUCUCUUCAAUGUUGACUUCAUCGGAGAAUGGAUUUAAGAAUCUCAAAGGCUCUGUUAGGUUUCCCACAAAACAUGUUUGACAGGUUCUUGCUCAAAUGUCUUGCAGCUGGAUCAUAGAAACGAUUUCCAUUAAGGCUCAUAGACCAAUUAAGGGAAAUGAAUUGGUAACAAACGCAUGCACACGUCACAUGACAUAUACACUUUUUCUAUAUUGCACGGGAUAUCCAGACAAUUUCUUCUAAUUGUGCUGUGCACAUCUUGAGUUGCAUGGAUAACCAAGAUCUAUUUUUGAACGUGGAAUUGUACUGUGUUGUUCAUUUUGGAAGUAAAACACUUUGUCAGGGUUCAACUACUGCCUUUCUCUCACACUAAAUGAAAUCAUAUCAACCUGAAAUCAACCUUUUGUGGUCAGGGAGUCCUGUUUUUCAGGGGCAGGUACUCAGGUAUUUUUAAGAUAUAAUAUUGCUCAAAGGUUUAUACACCUAACUAUUAUUAUAGAAAAACCUUUCAAUGAAUAGAAUUGAGUACAUCGUGUAGUACAAUUAUCACAGUCAAGACUCCAGAGCAGGUUUUGACCUCCUUAGGUCAUUGAUUUGUUCAGUCUUUUCCAGCGGUUUGCCAUUGAGCAUGUUUACAAUACAUGACUCAUACAUGCACACAUUAACCAAUUAGAACUCAAGUCCAAAUGUGAAAUUACUAUUGACAUACUUGAGCUAGAAUUGAAGAAUCAAUCUUGAGAAUCAGUCUAAUCAAUUUGCACGACUGGGUUAUUCAGAGACAAGAAGAAGCUCUGCAUUCUCCCUCUAGAUAUCUGCAGAGGCUAUUUGGUCUGGCAUAUAAUGUGCAGAUAAGUAAGACUAACCAUAGGAAUGGCCUGAUAUUGUUAACCUGAACAGUAUAUUGUAUUCUUAAUUUUCUGAAAUCUAUAGUGACUUUUCAUUAUAUUGACAUCCUUCGUCCAGUUUUCACCAAAACCUCUGACCCAUAUCUCAAUAUAAUAUACUACCAAAGAUAAACAGAACGGAAGGCCAUAAUCAGAUCUCAGAUCAGAUCCAUACACUAUAUGAAAUUCUUCAAAUCUGUUACACAUGAAUGACACCCAAACAGUACAUGAAUAGAUACACGUUUUCAAGUGAACUGCAUUCCUGCAUGUUGUCUAAGUACAUACAAUUCAAUGAUCGAAGAUGACUGUAUUGGAUUUCUGUCUCUGUUCAAAGUCCCACCCUGCUUAUGGAAGAUUUGGUUCCACCAACUUUUCCAUUACUUUGAUUUGUAUGUGCAGUGUUUGCUUUGUACAGUGAAGUUGUAUUUUUGUACACAAUGUUAUUUUUCUGCGUAAAGCAUUGCUCUCCUCUGUAAAUCACGCCAAUGUGUUCUUCUGUUCAAAAACUGAACAGAACAUGAAAACAAUUAAAUGUUGUCGUUUGA